AUGCCUCUCAGUGUAGAAAUAGAAUUCAGUGGAGGAGCUGAGCUUCUCUUUAACAAGAUAAAGAAACACAAGAUUGAGCUUCCCGAUAAAAUGGGCGUGGCUAACACCUGGACGAUAAGAGAUCUGAUUGGUUGGAUAAAAGAAAACUUAUUAUGCGAGAGACCUGAACUAUUUGUACAAGGGGAGAGUGUGAGGCCGGGGAUAUUAGUAAUGAUUAAUAAUAUUGACUGGGACCUCGUGGGGGGACUGGAUUAUGUAAUCAACAAUAACGACACCAUUCUAUUUAUAUCUACUUUACAUGGUGGAUAA